UCAUGGCAGAGCGGGUGCUGGUGGUCGGUGGCGGUGGACGGGAACAUGCUCUGGCCUGGAAACUGGCUCAGUCGCCGCAGGUUCAGCAGGUUCUGGUGGCUCCGGGAAACGCCGGCACGGCCAGCUGUGGCAAGAUCAGCAACUCUGAGGUUUCGUUGAGUAACCACAGCAUCCUGGCUCAGUUCUGUAAGGAUCACCAUGUGGGGCUGGUUGUGGUUGGACCUGAGGUUCCACUGGCAGCAGAUGAGUAUAUUGUGGACGACCUGACGGCUGCUGGAGUUCCGUGUUUUGGUUCUUCAGCCAAAGCAGCUCAGCUGGAGGCCAGUAAGAGUUUUUCCAAGGCCUUCAUGGAGCGUCACGGCAUCCCCACGGCUCGCUACGCUUCCUUCAGGCCUGCAGCUACAUCCAGUACAGUAGAUAAAGGCAAAGUAACUCCAACAGACACACUUCAGGCCGACUUCCCAGCUCUGGUGGUGAAGGCCAGCGGUCUGGCAGCGGGGAAGGGAGUCAUUGUGGCCCGAGAUCAAGACGAGGCCUGUCGGGCUGUGAUGGACAUUAUGAAGGACCGAGCGUUUGGAUCUGCAGGGGAGGAGGUGGUGGUGGAGGAGCUUCUGGAGGGAGAGGAGGUGUCUUGUCUGUGCUUCAGUGACGGCCACUCGGUGGCGCCGAUGCCUCCAGCACAGGAUCACAAGCGGCUCCAGGAUGGUGAUCAGGGGCCAAACACCGGCGGUAUGGGAGCCUACUGCCCCACCCCACAGGUGAGUCAGGAGCUGCUGCAGCAGAUCAGAGAGUCGGUUCUUCAGAAGACUGUGGACGGGAUGAGGGAGGAGGGGACUUCUUAUGGGGGUGUGCUGUAUGCAGGGCUGAUGCUGACCAAUCAGGGACCAAAGGUUCUGGACUUCAACUGUCGCUUUGGAGAUCCAGAGUGUCAGGUGCUGCUGCCGCUGCUGCAGAGCGACCUGUACGAGGCCAUCCUGAACACCAUGAGUGGUAAACUGGCCUCCAGCGCCCCCGUGUGGCACCAGGACAGCUCUGCAGUUACUGUGCUGAUGGCCAGCGCCGGUUACCCCGGUUCCUACCAGAAAGGAGUCCAGAUCACAGGUACAGUCAUUCUUUACUAUCAGAAACAGAAACAGUAAAAACAGAAACAAUCGUCAGACUGUCAACUCAUCUGUGAUGUGCAGCUCUGUCAUGAUAAAGAACCAGAUCUAACCUUCAAACCAUGAUACUGUGAUGAAGUCACUCUAUUUUGUAUGUCUUCUUUAGGAAUU